GCCGAGGCUGCGGCGUAGCCUCAGUGUCGGCGCAGUGGCCGGGCCAUCGUGUCCUGCCUGUGCCCAGGUCUCCGUGUUCUCCUCUCCCCGUCUCUGAUCCUGUCGACAGUCAUACGGACUCUGCACGGUAUAUCGUCGUCGUCGCCGUCAUCAUCCAACAUUACGUCUCUUCCGAUCGCGAGGCUCUUCUUCCGUACCGUGUCCUGUCGCGCGUAUCUCUCUUCUUCAUCCCUCUUUCUUUCCCUAUCUCCGUCUCUCUUUCUUCCCCUUUCUCGGUCUUCUCUUCUCGUCGAGUCGAGGAUCGAACGAAUCGCGGAACGACGAACGGCGUAUCCGCGUAUCCGAUGAGAGCCGGCGCGUCGCGACGUGGUGCGACAUCCGGUCAAGUCGCCUUCUCGAAAAACGCGGCUUGACUCGCUGGCGCGGGAGAGUGUCGGUACAAUUAUUCGCGUUACGAACGAUACGCGGGGUGCGCGGCUACAAAGGAGUAUCGCAUAAGGUGUACACUACGGGGGUGAUAGUGGAACGAUACAAGUUGCUCGGAAUUAACGAACGGAGGACAUCCUUCACCGGGCAACAGCGGCCAGGAGGAUCGAGGUGAAGAGGUGGGAGCCAUGCCGCCCGGGCGAGCUUCCCUCGAGGCAGCCAGCAGGAUCGUUCAGCUACCGUUUCCCUAUCCUUCGAGGCUGCCUGCUCGUGUCGGUUUUUGUUGAGGUGAAGAACUGUGGAUUGGUGUAAUAAAACCUCGGCCCCAGGAGUAGCCCGGGGGUUACCCCGGGGACCUUGGGGAAGCGAUCGCGCGAGGACGAAGUGGCUGAGACCGACGAAGGAUACGGGAGGCGGAGGAGGAGGCCGCUAUGAACGCCAGCGUUAACGUUGAGAGGAACUCCUGGCGGCUGCCUCCCGAUGAGACCGUCCAGGUCGCCGAUCCCCGUUCAAAAUCAGCCCAGGAUUUAACGUAUGCGGAGGGCGGUCACAAUUGGCGGAGCAUAAUUUUCUCAUUGUUGGUCAUCGGCUUCGUUAUCGCUGGCAUCGUCACGGCAAUUUAUCUCCUCGGAUACGUUGAUGAGCUCUUAUAUUGGAGCGGCAGGCGUCUUACGUUGGACGAGUGCCUUCGUGAUGACCUGACACCACACAGGUUACCACCAACCUGGAUAUCUCACGAAAAGUUUGUCUACCAAGCUGAUGAUGGUUCCCUUACUCUCUUGGACACUCGCUACAAUAACGUGACCCUUUUAGUCUCUAAUCAUACACUUAGACAACUAAAUGUUCAAGGUUACGAGUGCAGUUCUGAUCUACGUUAUGUACUGUUCAGGCACAAUGUCAAACCGGUCUUUCGGAAUACUUUCACUGCUCACUACACCGUUUACGAUGUUACAAAUGACCAUCAUACGCCACUUCAUUUGCAAGCAUCGCGACGUAUACCACAAACGCGACUGCAACAUGCCACUUGGUUGGGCAACACAUCGAGUCUCCUCAUGAUCUCCGAAAACGACAUUUAUCUUAGAAUGGGGCCUGCGACAGAGGACAUUCGUCUGACCGAUACGGGUGUACCCGGAGUGAUUUACAACGGCGUCCCCGACUGGUUGUAUCAGGAAGAAGUGUUGCCGAAACCGCAAGCGACAUGGCCCAGUUCAGAUGGCACGCAUAUUCUUUACGCCACAUUCAACGAUACCAGAGUGAGCGCAUUGGAAUUUCCUUGGUUUGGUACGCAGCCAGGUCAAGACGGAACCGGUUCGAGUACUCUCGGCGUAUCCAAAUCCUUCCCGCCUUCCAGAUCAAUUAGAUAUCCGAGACCGGGUUCGCCCAAUCCAGAAGUCGAAUUGUGGGUGAUGGAUCUCGGGAAUAUGAGUUCGAAUUAUAGUGGCAUCGGAAACAUCACAACAUCAGCGAAAACGAGACUGAAGCCGCCGUCGACUUUGAACGGACAAGAUUAUUAUCUGAUAUCAGCCGGUUGGGUCGGCGAUAACGCUUCGCAAAUUGCUGUCGUCUGGAUGACAAGGAUGCAAAAUUUGUCGUUGAUAUCGGCCUGCCGCGCUCCUACGUGGGAAUGCGAAGAAACCCACUCGGAAAGAGCGCCCGAAGGGUUGUGGCUGGAUGCUCAACCGCAUCCUCUCUUUGCUCCGGAUGGCGAUAGCUUCUUAUUGCUGGCCACGGUACAGGAAGGCGACAAGGAGCAUUUCACACAUAUAAAGCACAUCACACUCACGCAACAGAGAAUAGCGGUACUCUCUCACGGUCGUUACGAGGUAAGCGAGAUCUUAGCAUGGGACACCAAGAAGCAUCUCGUGUACUAUUUAGGCACCAGAGAGAAAAGACCUGGUCAGAGACAUCUUUACGUGGUACGAGAUCCCACUGCGGAUGAUCCUCGUCAUUUCGAGCCGUUGUGCGUCACGUGUGAUCUUGGGGAAGCUCUUUGGAGCAGUAGGUUUUAUUACACGAAUUGCACGCAUUUCGGUGCUUCUGUCAGUCCACCGAUGGAUGUCGAUGGGCAAGGUUACUACGUGCUGUAUUGCGAGGGUCCCGGCCUUCCUCUUGCUGGCGUGCACAUGACGUCGUCGCACAGAAUGGUCCGCGUGUUAUACGACACGAGAAUCCAACGUGCGGGCAAACUUUCAGAACUGGCACUGCCUACCAGAAGGAACUUUGAGGUGCCAUUACCUCAAGGUUGGCGGGCGCAAGUGCAGCUAUUGUUACCUCCGUCGUGGCGGGAGGAGCUGAGGGAUGCGGCGUUCCCCGUGCUCGUUGAAGUAAACGGCCGUCCCGGUAGCGAGGCGGUCACCGAUAAAUUCCGGAUAGAUUGGGGAACGUACAUGUCGAGUCAUAAUGACAUUGUCUACGUGAGACUGGACGUACGCGGCGCCCGAGGUCAGGGGAAGAAGGAUUUGUUUAGAAAAAUAGGCGGUGUCGAGGUACAGGAUCAGCUUACCGUGUUAAAACAUCUUUUGAAGACGCAUAAAUAUCUCGACGUCACCAGAGUCGGCGUCUGGGGAUGGGGCUACGGUGGAUACGUGACCGCUAUGGUGCUCGGAAAUCAGGAGAAUGUCUUCAAGUGUGGCGUUGCGGUAAAUCCAAUUGCCGAUUGGAUGUAUUACAAUUCUGCAUUUACGGAACGAGUCCUCGGCGCUCCGGCUGAGAACUAUAAGGGUUACGUGGAAGCUGAUCUAACGCAACGAGCGAAAUUAGUACCUAGUCACAGCCUUUAUGUCCUUCAUGGUCUAGCUGACCUCACUGCGCCUUACAUGCACGGCGUUGCCUUCGCUAAGGCUCUGUCCGAAGCGGGAGUCAUCUUUAGAUAUCAGAGUUACGCGGACGAAGAUCACGCCCUGACGGGGGUGCUCGAACACGCUUAUCGUUCCAUGGAGGACUUCCUCGCCGAGUGCCUCGCCCUGGAUGCCUCCUAGUGCCUCAAGCCGAAAAAUUCUUUGUUGUCUCUAGUGCGCCUACUUCCGAUACAUCCAAAACGAACGUUGAAACGAACACUUGUUUUCGAAAUCACGGCAAUUACACUCGUGAGCAGGAUGACAUCCUGAAAAAAAGCCUGAAUCGUAAAAUAAAUCAGGCCGCUGAAUAAAAACGUGAAGCGAGAGAAAAGCAGAAACGCGGUCGUUUAUCCGAGAAGACUAUCCGUAAGAGAUAAAAGCAAUGGCGUAUAUGCGAAUUUACGCGGAAGAAAGAUGGGAAUCGACUCCAUUGAAAGAUUAAGGAGAAAGUGGCAUUUGUAACCGAGCAAUAUCGUUAUAAUGUGUGUAUUUCAUUCAUCUAGGGAUUUCUCUUGGAGAACUCAUCCAUUUUUCUCUCGGGACGCGCAGUCCUCAGUGAUAUAUAUAUGCAUCGCCAAGUCGCGAGGAAAUUUAGGAAUCCUGAAAGAUAUUUGAGGAAAACGAGAAACGAUAAAUCCUCUUUUCUGCUUGGCAGUAUUUUUGUAUAUUAUCGAACGACGUCUCUCGCGCUUUUCACGUAGAUUCGAUAUUCGAUAUAGUUCGAUAAUUCGUGAAAUAAUGUAAAUUGUUAUCGAACAUGAAUCUCUCAUUUGCAAAGAUUUGCAGUUUCGCGCGAGCGAUUUGUUCGAUAAUAAUGUAUCGUCGUGACGUCGAAGAGAUAAGCGCGCGUAUUUGCCGUGAAAUCGAUUUUGGGCAAAUUCCGAAAAGCGAAAGAAAAAGACGAAAUGCGUGUUCGAAAAGUGCAGACCGAAUUACUAUGUGCGGAGCUUAUCGACGGCUUGCAAAUUCCUGGACGUAACGACAGCACAGCAACGACAGGAAUGAGGUCGCGAAAUCGACGUCGAGCAAUUUGCAAGCUCGUCAUUAACGUUUUGCUGUGUUCCAAGUCCUAAGGGCGUUCAUAUAGAAAGAGCCUGAGAUUUCAUAGAGCGACUAAAGACGCGAUUAUUACGAUUCGAAUAAGAUUUUAACGUACAGAGCUUAUUGGAAGUCUGCAAACUUGCAUUUCUUUUUUGUAUCUCAUUUUUGCACGGAGUUUGUCAAAUUAUAGUACGUAUACACGCGCGAAAAACGUAUCU